AUGGAUGGGAGAAAGCGAAAAGAAAAGACAAACCUAAUUGACAUUCAUGCUUUAAUAAGGCUAAUAAAAUACCGGACGCUUGGAACAGCCAUGCAACUGAAGUCCGUCCAGAACUUCAGGUGCAGAGCUGUCUUUGCUGCAAAGAGGAUUCAGGAAGCUUAUGAGAAGCAGAUGGGGCAGGCAGACCAGGGCUGUAUGCCGGCCAGGAUGGCAAUCAACCGACUGUGGUUGGCUGCAAGCCAGAUUUCAAGCUCUUUUCCAAACUAG